CCUCGCCCUCUCUUUCUUUCUCUCUUUUAUAUUAACCCUAUGAAUGGAACAUGGAGUAAAUUUUCAAUAUUUAAAUAAUUGCUUGAAUAAAUGUUCUUUGUUUGAUCUAAAAAUAAAGAGUUUUUUAAUAGAAAUAAUUCUUUAUAUGAUAUUCAUUAAAAAACAAAUAUUUCCUUUGUAUGUCUUUGUGAGACAGAUUUUUGAAAUUGGUGAAAUUAUGUAAUAAUAAAAGUAAUAGCUUGACUUUAAUAUUAUGAAUCGUGCCAAGAAAGUCUUGAUUGUUUAGCUAGAAUUCCCGCAGCUGAUGUAACUAAUCGUGUCGACACCUGUUUUCAUUUAUGUUAAGUGGUAUACAUAUGGAAGAAUCACAAAAAAUUUUGAGGUUGGACUAGUUGGCCAAGUUGUAUAUAUUUGUAAAGAGAAAUUAUAUAAACAUUUGAAUAAACGAAUUAAGCAAUGACUUUGGAAGUUGUUCCUAUCCACAAACAUCCGGAAUACCUCUUAGAUUGUUGUAAUAUUAUAAAUCAAGAGUGGAAAAGAUCUAAAACAGCUCGGUUACACAGUUUAGAACAAUCUUGUGACCAUUUACCAACAUCAUUGAUUUUAUUAAAGGAUAAAACUGUGAUUGGCCAUCUCAAAUUAUCAGUAAUACCAAAUAUUAAGACAGCAUGCUUCGUAGAGUCUGUAGUUGUAGAAAUGAAUCACAGGAACAAAGGAUAUGGAUCAAUGUUAAUGAGGGAAGCUGAGAAUUUUUGUAGGGGUCUUGGUUUAAACGCAGUUUAUUUAUCCACUAAAGGACAAGAAGAGUUUUAUGUAAAAUUAGGGUACAAAAUUUGCGCCCCCGUUUCGAUAUAUGGGAAUUUUGUUUCAAAAAAUAUGGAUACAGUGAAUAUUGUGUUGAAACCUUUCAAAUUAUCUGAUGAAGCAAACGAAAACACAACAAAAGGAGUAUACCCACCAACACCGCCUCCUCCUCCUCCUCUCGUAAAAAUUGUAUCGUCCAAGAAGAUUUUUAUGAAGAAGAUUCUAUAGCUUUUGGAUUAUUUGUAGGAGUAAAGGAUGAAUAUUAGAAGUUACAAAUUGGUAAAUUUUUGAAGCAAAAAAUAGAUGAUUCAGCUUAACAGCAUAGUCAUUAUAUUAUUUAUAAAUAUCAUUUUUUUUUCGUUUUAUUAGUAAUUUAUUCAGCUAAUCAACUCUACCCUUAAAACAACUCUUAACUAACAAGAAUGGUAGUAAACAGUGUGUUCAGUAUGAAUAUCACCAACAGUUCCAGAAACUAUCAAUUUUGAAUGAAUCACAAAGUCUUUUGCUUUGUAUUUUAUAAUUUUUACCUACAAAUUCAAUAAAAUACUUUCAAACUUU